AUGUCCACACUGUUCCUGAUCCUUGCUGCAUGUGUGACUGGGUGUUUAGCCAUUGAGAGACACUACUACAUCGCUGCCGUUGAAGUCCUCUGGGACUUUGCCCCAAGCGGAAAGGAUCUGGUCACCCCUAAAAGCUACAAUGUCUCAAGUGAUGCCGAGUUUUACCUGGAAAAAGGCCCGGAUCGACUUGGACACGUGUACAAGAAAGCCAUCUAUAAAGAAUUCACAGACGCCACGUACACCGUGGAGAUACCAAAGCCAAUAUGGCUGGGAUUUGUGGGUCCAAUACUUAAGGGUGAAGAGGGAGAUGUGCUUAUCAUUCAUUUCAAAAACUUUGCGAAGAACUACACAUAUUCUAUGCAUGCCCAUGGUGUGAAGUACAACAAAACCAGCGAAGGGGCGCUCUAUGCUGAUGGCUUCCACAACACAAAUGCUGCUGAGGAUUUAGUGAAGCCUGGUCACAGCCACAUCUACAACUGGACCAUCACCCCAGAGGCCAGCCCCACACCAGAUAGCCCCGACUGCCUCUCCUGGAUCUACCAUUCACAUGUCCAUCCCAAUGAAGACACCAACGCCGGCUUGGUUGGGUUCAUAUAUGCUUGUAAACCUGGUACACUGAGCCGUCCGAAUAAACAACGUCAUUACGCCAUUUACGUCAGCAAGGUCAACGAAUUUAGAAGCUGGUACAUAUACGAUAAUAUCAACAUGUUCGCAGGAAAUGUGUCUUCAAUAGAUUUGAAUGACCAGCGUUUCCAGAAGUCAAACGCCAUGAACUCAUUCAACGGCUACAUCUACGGGAACUUGCCGGGAAUCAACGCUUGUCAAGGGGAGACAAUCGUCUUUCACUUGGCCGGUCUUGGCCACACAACUGACCUGCACACACUCGCCAUCAGCGGCCAUACGUUUGGUCAGUUUGAACACAGCUGGUACAAGUGCAUUUAUCAACAUUGGCACAUGCAACAAUCUGCUCUUCAAACCCAAAAGAAGGCUCCGGGGAGAAUAAGGAAGUACUUCAUCGCAGCAGAGGAAGUACUUUGGAAUUAUGCCCCCUCUGGGAAGGACCUGUACGAUGGUGGGAGUCUUACUGAGGGAUUUGCCCAAACAUAUUUCAUGAGGAACAGAAAAUUUAUAGGAGGAACGUACAAGAAGGCUGUUUUUGUGGAGUUCACUGACAAGUCGUUCAAAGUACAAAAGCCACGAAUGGAAGAUGAAGAGCACCUUGCCCUCCUUGGUCCUCCCAUCAAGGCGGAAGUGGGUGAUGUCGUACACGUCUACUUCCUCAAUCGGGCCUCACGUGGCUACUCUAUCCAUCCACAGGGAGUUCAUUUCGACAAGGUCAACGAGGGCAUGCUGUACAAUGAUAAUCAUCCAGACAAAUCCAAGAGUUUUGUGAAACCGGGGAACAUGGUGAAAUACCAUUGGACUGUGCCAGCUGACAUGGGACCCAAGCUGCAUGACCCAGAUUGCAUCAGUCGCUUCUACACUUCCGGUGUUGACGUCAUCAGAGACAGCUUCAGUGGCCUUGUCGGGCCUCUGCUGGUGUGUCGAAAGGGAGCCAUAGGGGACAAUGGCAGGCAGGUUGGGGUCGACAAGGAGUAUUUUAUUUUAUUUUCAAUGAUAGAUGAAAACUAUUCUUGGUAUCUGGAUGAAAAUAUGAAAAUGGCUGGAGUAGACCCAAAACGGAAUAAGUCGGACAUUGAAUUUAUUGAAUCAAAUACCAUGCGAAGCAUCAAUGGACUGAUGUACGGCAAUCUCCGUGGUCUCAACAUGUGCAAGGGGAACCGUAUCAAGUGGCAUGUAUUCGCUUUGGGCGGGUGGAAUGACCUUCACACUCUGUAUAUCCAUGGUAACGAGUAUGUGAAUCAUCAUCAGCAUAAGGUGUCAACAGGACUGGUCCCUGGAGCGCUGAAGACUUUGACAAUGCUUACAAGUAAUACUGGUGUGUGGGGGAUUGAAUGUCAUGCAAAUCUUCACUUCCGAGGUGGUCUGAAAGCAAUGUACAGCGUUAAGGAGUGUGCACCUGGCCCAUCCUCCACUUCUGCGCCCCUUCGGGGUGUUGAACGUGUGUAUUUCAUACAGGCAGAGGUGGUGGAAUGGGAAUACGCCCCGGAUCACAGAGAUGAAGUUAGCGGUGAACCAUUCAACACUGAAGGGAGACCGGGUCAAAUGUAUACCAACCAUACCGACAUCCUACUUGGAACCAAAUACAUCAAAGCUGUGUACAAGGAAUAUACUGAUGCCAAAUUCCGGAAACCAAAGAGAAGAAAACCAGACGAGGAGUACUUAGGCAUUUUAGGGCCACUUAUCCGUCUCAAUGUUGGUGACACUUUAAAAAUUGUAUUCCGUAAUAAAGCCAUGAGACCCUAUUCAGUUCAUGCAGAGGGACUUCAUUAUAGCAGCGUUCGUUCUGCUGCUUGGGACCCAAGCGAGCGUGAUCAACCAAUUGCAGAUCCUGGGAAAACGGUGACAUAUUUGUGGAAGGUGACAGCGGAUGUAGGACCUGGAGAGGGUGAUGCGCCGUGCGUGACGAGGAUGUAUUACUCAGACGUUGACGUGGCUGCAGACACAAACUCCGGACUCGUGGGACCCCUGGCUAUAUGCAAACCGGAAGUGCUGGGAACGGAUGGAAGACGAAGCGACGUUGACAGGGAUUUUGCCGUAUAUUUUGCCAUGUUUGAUGAAAAUCUCAGCUGGUAUAUAGAUGAAAAUAUUAACACCUUUGCCGGGCGUCCAGACUUGGUGAAUCCGACUGACUUAUCAUUUGUGAACAGUAAUCAUAUGCACGUGAUUAAUGGAUACAUGUUUGGAAACGCCAUAAGUCCAACAAUGUAUGAAGGAGAGCGGAUCGACUGGUACAUGAUGGCGCUAGGUUCGGACUUCGACCUUCACUCCAUUCAUUUCCAUGUUGAUGCCACCAUCAGCAAUGUAGCUUUAGGCAAGCCCGUCUACAACAGCACCAAUUACCCACUAUAUUCCCAACCGUCUCAAGCUGUUGACGGAAACACUGACAGCAACUGGCCACAGGGAAGUUGUUUUGGGACAGGUGAUGAUGACCAGCCAUGGUGGAUGGUUGACCUUCUCAGCACCUACACUAUUGGUAACAUCACCAUCUACAACAGAGGAGAUUGCUGUUCCGAACGCCUCCAUGACGUCACAGUGGAGGUUUUCUCUGUCAACCCAGCACGAUGUCCAACAGCUACUGCGACUUUAUGUAAAGAGCUCCCUGGACAACUGGCUCUGGUCACCCACAUAACCUGUGAUCAUGACGUUGUUGGCAGGUUCGUCAGAAUCCGGAAAGAAACUGUCGACCAGAAUGACAACAUGAUGUUUUGUGAAAUUGAGAUAACUGGGACUUCUCUUCAUUCAGUAUGUGAACAGACAGUUUUUCCUGCUACCAAUGGGCAGCGACUUGAACAGGCUGCUGAUGGAAACCCUGUUUCCGCCAACUCUCGGUUAGAAUGUGCACGUUGGUGUCAUGUCUCGGAGGGAUGUGUUGGCGGCAACUUCCGGAAGGAAGACAACACCUGUGAGAUUAUCGGCUCGCCCAGCAGUAAUGGAAGCGUUGUGUCCGGUUCUCAGUGGGACUAUUUCGGAAAUGAUCUGUGCUGA